UUACAGGGGUAUCAGAGGGGCUGGGGGGGCAACAUGGCUAAACGUAAGCAGGCAGCAGAUACUGGCUCUGAAAGAGACACAACAAAGAAGCUCCAGCAGAAGAGCAGAACUUCCAAAACCCACAACAUCAAAGAAAAGGCUUCUGCAGCCAAAACCGUGAUGAAGAACCUCAAACCCAGAGUCCGAGCCUCCAGAAAAUCAGAUGAUCCUUCAGAUACGAAGAGAAGCAAAUACUUCAAGAACAAAGAGCCUUUGGGGGCGGGGCCUAUGAAGGCGGGGCGUCCGAAGGCGGGGCCCCUGAAGAAAGAGCCUCUGAAGGCGGAGCCUUAUGAUAUGAGUGACUCCAGUGAGGACGUCAGUAUAAUAUCUCCACAUAUCACUGCGCCGCCAAUCAACCAGAUCAAAGAAGAGGAAGAUCAGAAGGAGGUAAAAAAAGAAGAGGAGGAUGAGGAAGAGGAGGAGAGUGAUGAAGACGAGGACUGGGAGGAGGUGGAAGAACUUGCAGGUCCGCUGGGGCCGGUGGAUCCAGAGCAAGAGCCGGCGGUUCCGUCCCAACCUGUGGAGAUUGAGAUCGAGACAGCAGAGGCCAUGAAGAAGAGACAGAGGAAGGAGAAGAGGCAGGCGGAGUUUGAUGCGUAUCUCCGCCGGAUGAUGAAACGCUUUAGUAAGGAGCUGCUGGAGGAGACGCAUAAGGUUCACCUGCUCUGCCUAUUGGCCAGCGGACUCUUCAGGAACCGCCUCCUCUGUGAAGCUGAUCUCCUGGCGGUCGCUCUGUCUUUACUGCCCCCCCACUUCACCAACGUUCUCACAGAGCGCAUCAGCACCGGCUUCCUGGAGGGGCUGCUGAAGUGGUUUAAGACGACCUUCACUCUGAACCCUGAGCUUCCUGAGGAGCAGGGAGUGGAGCUGCGGGAGCUUCUGCAGAGGAGAUUAGGAAGUUUAUCAGCUCGAGAUCAUCAGGAGAUGACUUAUCUCUUCCUGCUGGUGUUACGGUCGCUGAGGCUGUUCUGUAGGCUGGUUCUCUCGUUACAGCCUGUCCCCUUCAAACCAGCAUCUAAAAAGCAGGAGAAACGUCAGUCCUCCAACAGUCCUCCUAAUAAAUCUGAUAAAAAAGCAUCAGAUUCCAAUAAAAUCUCUCCCGGGUCGAAGCGCCUGCAGCCGGCUGCCAGCGGGGGGAGCCGGAGGCAGAGAGGAGGGAAGAGAGCGAAGAAGAGCGACGGAGGAGAAGAAGUGAAAGAGAGGGAGGCGAUGGCGGGAGGACAACGUCCAAAAAACUCCAGACGGAGGAGCGUCGCGUCAAAAGUGUCCUACAAAGAAGACAGCAGUGAGGGGGAGGGGCCUAGCGAUGACGAGGAGUUUCAGCUGACCAGUGAGGGUGAGAGUGACGAGUCAGGGGGCGGGGCUAAGAGGUGUAGGAGGAAUUCAAAAACUAAAGGUAAAGGUAAAGGUGGGGGACGGCGCGGGUCCAGCGGCAGCAGGAAGAACAGAAAGAAAAAACAAGAGGAAGAGGAGGAGGAGUUUAAGGAGGAUGAGGAAGAAGAAGAGGAAGAUGAGGAGGAUGAAGACGAGGAGGAAGAGGAAGAGCAUGAAGGACGAAGACGAGGAAGGACACAGCGGGGGGGUAAAGGGGACGACGAGUGGAUAGAGGUGUACCUGGACUCAGUGAAGGGGUGGGUGUGUGUAGAUGUAAAUCAGGGGGUGGGGAAACCGCAGCUCUGCACCAAUCAGGCGUCUCAUCCCGUUACGUACGUGGUGGGCGUGGACGGAGAGGGUUACCUGAAGGACCUGAGCACCAGGUAUGACCCCACCUGGCUGACGUCGUCACGGAGACGGCGAAUCGACUCGGAGUGGUGGGAGGAGACUUUAGGAUUUUACGUGAGUCCAGAAACAGAACGAGAAAAGAAGGAGGACAAAGAGCUGCAGGACCGGUUGCUGGAUAAACCACUUCCUACAUCUAUCAGUCAGUAUAAGAAUCACCCGCUGUACGUGCUGGAGAGACACCUGCUGAAAUACGAGGCGCUGUACCCGCGCACCGCCGCCAUCCUCGGCUACUGCCGCGGAGAAGCUGUCUACUCACGGGAUUGUGUUCACACACUGCAUUCGAGAGACACCUGGCUGAAGCAGGCUCGCACUGUGAGACUGGGGGAGGUGCCGUAUAAGAUGGUGAAGGGCUUUUCUAACCGCUCCCGUAAAGCGAGGAUGAUGUCUGAGAGGAAGGAUGAGAAGGACCUGGCGCUGUUCGGACCCUGGCAGACCGAGGAGUACCAGCCUCCUCUCGCCGUUGACGGCAGGGUCCCCCGUAAUGAGUUUGGGAACGUGUAUAUGUUUAAGCCGUGUAUGCUGCCGGUGGGCUGUGCUCACCUGCGUCUGCCCAGUCUGCACAGAGUCGCCCGCAAACUCAGCCUGGACUGUGCUGCUGCCAUAACCGGCUUCGACUACCACGGAGGAUACGCCCACGCCGUUACUGAUGGAUACAUCGUCUGUGAGGAACAUCAGGAGAUCCUGAGAGCUGCCUGGGAGAACGAGCAGGAGAUCCUGAAGCAGAAAGAGCAGGAGAAGCGUGAAAAGCGUGCGGUGUCGAACUGGAAGCUGCUGGUGAAAGGCCUGCUGAUCAGGGAUAGGCUGCAGCGUCGCUACGGACAACAAGGCCUGGCCAAGAGCUCCGCCCUGGGGCAGGAGGGAGGAGCCGCAGGGUUAUCCUCCGGAGAAGAGGAGGAGGAAGAGGGCGGGGCUAACAGCGCCGCACCCAGUCUGGCGGUUUCAUGGCCACAGAACAGGCAAGAGGAGCAGGAGCAGGAAAAGGGCGGAGCUAAGAGGUCCGUCAGUAAGAGAGAGAGGCGGGGCCAAGAGAAACAUCUCUUUCCUUUUGAAAAAACAGCGUAAAUAUGAAUCUCGCUCGAUACUGUACAUGUAUAACUGAUUAUAUACAACUGUAGAUAAUAAACUUCAUUCAAAUUUGGUGUAACAAUGUUCAUUCUACACUGACAACGUGCCAAAAGUCAUGGGACCGCAGCAGCAGCCGGAGUCCGAGAGAGAGAGUACAGAAGAUUAUGCUGUUUCUCCAUCGUCUGUUAGCUGAUGUAUUAGAGCUGGGGAUCCGGUGCUUUCCUCCAAGCGUGCUGUGAUGCCACCUAGUAAUGCUGCAGUGAUUGGCUGCAGCUGGAAAAGAGGCGGAGUCUUUGCAGUGAUGGUGGAAUUUAUAAUUAACAGGGAUUGUGUAAUUGGCCUUUCAAAUUAAGUGAAAAAUGGGGUAAAUUAGAAAUAAAUACAAAUAUUUAUACAGUAUCAGUCAAAAUUUUGAUCACAUUCCCAUUUAAUGUUUUUUAUUUGUUUUCCCUACAUAGUAAAUGAAUGAAUAGUGAAUUGAUUCAGAUUAUGAAGGAACACAUAAGGAAUCAUAUAGUAACUUAAAAACAGUGUUAAACAAACCAAAAUACUCUGUAAAGUAUUUAGAUACUCUUAUCUGGGGAGCUGUUUGUUAACUUGUGGUUUCUGACGCUGAAAACUCUGAUAAACUCAUCCUGUACAACAGAGGAAACUCUCGCUCUUACCUUCCUGGAGUGGUUCUGAUGAGUGCCAGUUUCAUCAUCAUAGUGUUUUUGAUGGUCUUUGGGCAACUGCUCUUAAGAAUACUUUCAAAGUAUUACUUUAGCAUUUGUUGCUUCUCAUAAUCUGGAUUCGAACAUUACUCAAAUAUUCACUAUUCACUGUAUACCUGUAACUCUACCUCUUCACUACUUUACUUUAACUGAUGCUCUCAAACACUUUAUUAAGAGACAAGAAAUUCAAGUAAUUAACUCUUGAUGAGUUCAGCACAGCUGUUAACUGAAAGCCUGAAUUCCAGGAGACUCUACCUCAUAAAACUGACUGAGAAAAUCCAGCAGAGAUGUUCAAAACUGAUCAACUGGUUUGUUUAACACUUUUUUUGUUUAGUAAAUAAUUCCAUAUGUUUUUCUUCAGAAAGCCGGUACAGGCUGUACUGAAUCUAUCAGAGAUCAGUAGGUUCAGUAAUAUAAGUGCAAAUCAUACUGUAGUAACUGUGCAAAAACAUCUUAAACUACAUAGUCAUUCUGGAAUAAAUAACAUUACAACACACACCAACAGGAUUAAAAGGGAAAUUUAUACCAUGUCCCUUAAUAAUAUGUAAUUUUCUCAGUAUUAAAUAGAUGUUCCACACUCUUCUAUAUCUUGUUUCAUUUACUUCUUACAUCUUAAUGCUGUUCUGAACAAAGAGUUGGUCAUGUUUUGACUGCAAAUAAAUAAAUGAUGAUAAAUGUUUAUUCUCUGAUACACUGUGCUCAUAAAUAUCUACUACACCAAUGUUUUCUAUCAAAUUUUAUUUUUUAUAGAACAUUUGUUAGAAAUGAAAAAAGCAAAUAAACAAUUUUUUU